UUGUAGCGUGAACGAAGACAACCCGCGCUUAAAUGCCCUAGGGACAACGUCGGUGUUCCCUUCCAAGUAUUCGACGAGGCCUUUUAACUCCGGGUCUGCUCGCUGCUGUUUAGCGAAGUUUUCCGCGCUUAUUAUUCCAAGGAAGGCGUCGUCGUCCUCGUCGUCUUGCGGCGGGGGAUCGAUGGGGGCACGUGAUAAGCAGUCGGCGUCGGAGUGUUUUCUUCCGGACUUGUAUAUUACCGUGACGUCAUAUUCUUGUAGUCUGAGGGUCUGUUCGAUUCAGCUGCACCACUUGAACCUAGUUCACGGUGGUUCACGGCGGUUCACGGCGAGUUCCGCACUUUUGCAGCGCCAGUUCAGUGGUGCAGCUGCAGCGCGACACUAGCGCCCCGGAGAAACGAAUGCCAAGGUGCAGGUGUUGUGCAGGCCUUCUGCGUCGUGUCGCCCGUUGUUUACGCGCUGGUGAAUUUGUAUGUGACUUGUGCUAUUUGCGUUGCGCUGUUUGCGGUUGUAGAAAAAAUUGGUCAGGUCUGGUGUGUGUGUGUUGUGUGUGAGCAUCGCUGCUGCACUGAACGACGACGAUGAACUGUGCCACACUCUCAACUGUCGUUCAAGUAGGCAUGGACCUUGUGGACUCGGACAGUGAUGAUGAGGAGUUCGAUGACUUGGUCGUAAUGUUGGCCGUAAAGCUGGUGAGGAAAGACCGAAAUCGUAUUCCACAAUACCAUGAAGACGUCGUUGGCAGCUAUUUUGAGUUUGAGUUUAAGCGGCUCUUCCGACUGUCACGCGAGACCUUUAACUGUCUUGCAGACCGCUAUCAAGCGUCACCGUUCUUCCCAGAAGCUCGUGGAGGGCGCGCGCGAAUCAGUGCCGAAAAAACGUGUCUCAUCGUUUUGAGCUAUCUUGGGAGCCAGUGCAGCAUGUACUCAAUUGCAGACAGAUUUGAUGUUACAGAGUCAUCUGUGCACGCUUGCAUUGAGAGGGUGCUCAACCUUUUACAUAGCAUGAGUGAAGAAGUGAUCGCGUGGCCGGACCAGCAACAGCAAGAACGUAGCAAGGGUGGCUUCUUAAUCAAGAGCGCUGGGAAGGGGCCACGAAACACAAUUGGCUGCGUGGACGGAAGCCACAUAAAGAUAAACACCCCGACCGAAUCCCCGCACUCGUACUUCAACCGAAAAAAGUUUCCUUCUUUGAUCCUGCAAGGCAUAUGCAACCAUGAGAAUAGGUUCAUAGAUGUGCUCAUUGGAUUUCCCGGCCCGGCGCACGACGCCAGGGUGCUCCGCGAAGGCCCCUUUUUUGAAGCUGCAGCAACCAAAUGCAGCAAUGGUUACAUCUUGGGGGAUUCAGCCUAUCCAUUGCUACCAUGGCUUAUGACGCCUUACAAGGAUACGCAGCGGAGCUUCCCCUCCUGGAAAAGGAAAUAUAACAAGUGCCAUUCCCAGCAGCGAGUUGCCAUUGAGGUGACAUUCGGUAUACUCAAGCAGCGAUUUCGCAGGCUGUACUUGGUGGACGCAGCCAGCAUCAAGCAGUGCUGCCUUAUAAUCAUGGGCGCAUGCGUCCUGCACAACUUAUGCAAUGAGGAGCGAGAUUUCUUCGAAGAUCUGCAGGAACUCCCGGAUUUGGAGGAAGUCGGAAACGAUGAGGACAGUGGCAAUGUUGUUGACUGCAGUGUGGCAGGCUACAGUGAGUGCCUGCGAAAGGCAAUUGCCGAAAAGCAGUGCUAAAAUUGCAUAUCCUUGUGCCGCUAGCAGUACUUAUGCAGAUAAGUUUUGCUUCACUCUGUAAUGCUGCAAAUAUACUUUCUGAGACAAUGUUUGUGAAAGAUAAAGAAUCGAGACGUUUGGGGCCUGCAAGCCCCAGGCUACUUUG